UACCUAUCCUCUUCCGUCGAGUCGUUCAAAGAGGGCAGCAGCGACUUUGCUAGGUUGUCCAAGCAAGACUCGAUCAAAAUGGUGAACUUUACAGUAGACCAGAUCCGUGAGAUCAUGGACAAAAAAUUUAACAUUCGUAACAUGUCUGUGAUUGCUCAUGUUGACCAUGGCAAGUCUACGUUGACAGACUCGCUUGUAAGUAAAGCUGGUAUCAUUGCCGGUGCAAAGGCUGGAGAAGCACGAUUUACAGACACAAGAAAGGAUGAACAGGAUCGUUGCAUCACCAUUAAGUCAACUGCCAUCUCCAUGUACUACGAGUUGGCCCAUGCAGAUAUGAAGUACAUCAAACAGAAAACUUACCCAGAAGAGGACACCAUGAGAAAUGCUUUCCUGAUCAACUUGAUUGAUUCACCGGGUCACGUUGACUUUUCAUCUGAAGUAACAGCAGCUCUACGUGUAACUGACGGUGCACUUGUUGUAGUGGACUGUGUAUCAGGAGUAUGUGUACAGACAGAAACAGUAUUGAGACAGGCCAUUGCUGAAAGAAUCAGGCCAAUUCUGUUCAUGAACAAGAUGGACCUUGCUCUUCUCACACUACAGAUUGGUCAGGAAGACCUCUAUCAAACCUUUCAAAGAAUUAUUGAAAGUGUCAACGUAAUUGUCAAUAUGGUGUCUUCAGAUGAAAGUCCACUUGGCGUUAUUGAUGUUGAUCCCCAGCAAGGAACUGUUGGAUUCGGGUCUGGACUUCAUGGAUGGGCCUUCACUCUGAAAGAUUUUGCUGUCCGAUAUGAAACUAAGUUCAAGAUGAACCAGGAAAAGUUGAUGAAGAAACUUUGGGGCAACAACUUUUUUGAUGAAGGCAACAAGAAGUGGAUCAAGGAACCUGAUGGAAAAGCUGUCAGAGGAUUUGUCAAGUACAUCUUGGAUCCAAUUUACCUGGUUUUCAAUACCUGUAUGAAGGGUGAUCAUGCCAAAGCCCUGACACUAGUUGAAAAAAUGGGAGUCAAGCUUACUUCAGAAGAAAAAGACCUACGUGAAAAACAACUGCUCAAGCUUGUCAUGAGAAAAUGGAUGCCUGCUGGUGAUGCCCUUCUCCAAAUGAUUGUCAUUCAUCUGCCUUCCCCUGUAACUGCUCAGCGCUACAGGACUGAUACUCUGUAUGAAGGACCUACCGAUGAUGAAGUUGCAGUUGCAAUGAAAAACUGUGACCCCAAGGGACCUCUCAUGAUGUACGUGUCCAAGAUGGUACCAACAUCUGAUAAGGGACGUUUCUAUGCCUUUGGACGUGUUUUCGCUGGAUGCAUUGCCACUGGACAGAAGGCAAGAAUCAUGGGCCCCAAUUAUGUACAGGGAAAGAAGGAUGAUUUAAAUGUCAAGACUGUGCAGAGAACCAUCUUGAUGAUGGGUCGUUACAUUGAGCCAAUUGAAGAUGUACCUUGUGGAAACAUCUGUGGUCUUGUUGGAGUUGACCAGUUUUUGGUAAAAACUGGAACCCUCACAACCUUUGAGGGUGCUCACAACAUGAAACAGAUGAAAUUCAGUGUCAGUCCAGUUGUACGAGUAGCUGUUGAAUGCUCGAAUCCCUCUGAAUUGCCAAAAUUGGUAGAAGGGCUGAAACGUCUUGCAAAGUCUGAUCCUAUGGUACAGUGUACAACAGAGGAAUCUGGAGAACACAUCAUUGCUGGAGCUGGAGAACUCCAUCUGGAGAUCUGCUUAAAAGAUCUGGAGGAGGACCAUGCUGGUAUUCCCAUUAAAAAGAGUGACCCUGUUGUAUCAUACAGAGAAACCGUUGGAGAUGAAUCUAGUGUGACAUGUCUUUCCAAGUCCCCAAACAAACAUAACAGGUUGUAUAUGAAAGCCAGACCACUUCCAGAAGGCUGUGCUGAAGCCAUUGACGGGGGACUGGUCACACCAAGACAAGACUUCAAAGAAAGGGGAAAAUAUCUAUCCGAUAACUUUGGAAUGGACCCAACUGAGGCCAGAAAAAUCUGGUGCUUUGGACCAGAAGGCACUGGUCCAAAUCUGUUGACAGAUGUAACUAAGGGAGUGCAGUACCUUAAUGAAAUCAAGGACAGUGUUGUUGCUGGAUUCCAAUGGGCAACAAAAGAGGGUGUACUCUGUGAAGAAAACGUUCGUGGCGUGCGAUACGAUAUCCAUGAUGUAACUCUCCAUGCUGAUGCCAUCCAUCGUGGUGGUGGACAAAUCAUUGGAACAGCCAGGCGUGUCCUAUAUGCCUGUUCCUUAACAGCUAAGCCUUCCAUAAUGGAGCCAAUCUACCUUGUAGAAAUUGAGGUACCAGAAUGUGCUGUUGGUGGCGUAUUUUCUACAUUGAACAAGAGGCGUGGAGAGAUCGAGAUUCAUACACCUGCACCAGUAGGACGUGCCACAGAUACCGUCAAAGCUUACCUGCCUGUAAAUGAGUCAUUUGGAUUUACAGCGCAUUUGCGUUCUCAAACAGGAGGACAGGCUUUCCCACAGUGCGUGUUUGAUCAUUGGAAAAUUCUGCCUGGAGAUGUACACGAUCCGAACUCCAAUCCUGGAAAAAUUGUUGUGGCAACAAGGAAACGAAAGGGUCUCUCUGAGGGUAUUCCGGGCUUGGACAAAUACCUCGACAAAUUGUAAAGUGACACUUCAAAUUUUGACUUGAAUAGUGCUUAAAAUGUCAAACAGUUCACCUUUGGUUUCAACAUAUGGUCUUUCAAUACCCCUUUCUCAGAUUUAGUUGUGCUAAUAGAAUAAGGCAUAUGAUUAUGUUGGUACUUCUAUGUCCAAAAACACCAGUGCUAAGGGAAAAAAUCCUUACGAUUUGGACAUACAUUGCUCACUAUUUUGGUUAAUUUAUUACUGAAAAUUAAAUGAGGACAAGUAAGUAUAUCGGAAAUUGUACACCAUUUUGAGAUCAUUGGUUCUACUUACGACUCCUUGAGUUGCCCAAAGAAAUAAAUGUGAAGAAAUG